CUCUGCAUCCGGUUGCGGUGCCAGCCUGCACUUGCCCUCCUCUCUCGCGUCGGUGCAGCUCUUGCUGCAUCGCUGAGCACUGCACAGACGCAGCGGCCGCUCGCGAGGUGUGGGCGGCGCUCUGGCCGCAGCAGCCGCGCGAAGCCAGGCGUCGGCUGCGCUGCCUCACAAGGACGAUGCGCACCUGUCCUCCUCCGCCCUCAAAGCCAGCGCUCACCCUUCUUUCCUCCGUCGUACAUCCGCUAUUCUCGGCACCCCAGCCUCAAGCUGCCUGCACCAACGUCGUCGCUUGAACAUGCUCGAGGCCUUCUUCGACGGCCAUCUGCCGCACGGCGCAGGCGCAUCUGACUUCAAAGCAUCUCACGCGCCCGAGGCAGACGAUGAAGAGUGGGACACGAGCAGCGAGGAGCAUAGCGAGCCGCCGUACGACCAGGUCUACAGGGCCAUGCGAGGUCGUCACCUCAAACGCUUUGUCAACAUCUCACUGCGCGAGAAACAAGGAAGCGCCUCGAAGCAGAGCGCGGAGGCUGUGUGCCGAGAGCUUGCCUCGCAGCUCAUCGGCAAGACGACGUACGACCCGUUCCGGGACAUGGCAUGCAACCGCUCGCCAGGAGAGACACUGGAGGACGGCUUCAUUCGGCUCGCCAACGAUGCAUGCUCUUUGCUCGGCAGCUCGCUGCGGUUCGAGAAGUCCAGCCACCGGACCAUCGCAAGCUCGAACUCAAGCGGCGAUGAGGACGAGGAAGUCACGUAUAGUCCAGCAGACGUCACACUCCGGCGAAGCAUGUCGUCUGCUGCCAGCCCACACUUUGCCGACGUCCUGUUCGUGGGCGUGGUCAAGCCGACAGAAGAGCAGGACAAAGACGAGCGACUCAUGAGUCAGCUCGCUUGGUACAUGUGGAUCCUGCGUCGCGAACAGUGCGCCGUAGCGGUGUGCCACGGCUUCACACUCUGCGGACACGUACUGCGUCUCUGGCGCUUCGACGCUCACACGUACUCGUGCGCGCUGGCCAUCGACCUGGGCCGCGCCGAUCACAUGCCCACUUUCGUCAAGUUCAUCACCUUCGUCACCAAUCCGAGCGAGGUGCUCGUUCGAUGGACACCGCCGCCAGCAGGGACGCCCUUUCGCAUCGCUCGGACGCAAGACGCCGAGGCGCAGUCGUCCUCCUCAGCCGCGACAGUCGAAGACUGGGGUUUCGUCGACGAGCCUCAGCUGCUCAUCGUGCGCAAUGAGCUCUUCGGCGGCCGGACAGCCUGUUGGGCGGGGAAGGCAAAGAGGCUCAGGCCUGCCAUCCGUGCCGAGUCAGGCAGUCCGACCGGCGAGGCGCCCGACUCGGACGCGCCCCAGUACGUCGUCAUCAAGACGACCUGGGUCGCGUCCUACCUUGUCGGUCACGAAGCAAAGGUUCUACGUCAUCUCGCUCAUCACAACGUCAAGAACGUGCCGGUACUGCUCAGCACCGUGCUCCUGCCCGAGCUCGCUCGCGUCCACACGAGUUCCAACGCGCUCGUCCGCGAGCCUGAGAUGAUGGGCGAGGCCAGCGGCCAGAUUCCCGAAUGGUCCUGGCACGGCAUUGCGCUCGACGUCGUCGUGAUGACCUCCCCUGUUGCGAAGAAGGUCGAGACGUCCGAGAUGUCAGCAAGAGACAUGCUUCUCUUCUUCAGCCGCGCUGCGGAGAUCUUGCGCGAUGUGGCUCUCGCCAACGUACACUACCGCGACAUCAACAGCGGCAAUCUGCUGCUCGUGGCAGAUAGUAGCGGCGACGACCCACAGCCGUUGCUGAUCGACUUCGGCAACGCCCGCAUCGGCGAUGAUCCUCGCGGCGACCUCGAAGACGCGGCAAACGACGCGCGCCGCUUGCGCCUGGCCGCCGACGACGCUCGCAGUGCCAAUCAACACUUCAUGUCGCUGCGCUCAACAAGCAGUGCGACUAUCCUCAAGAUCCUCGCCGACGAGGAGCAGGAACUGGUUCGCGAGCGAAAACGGCACGCGGAGGUCAAGACGGAAGAAGAACGCCGCGAGCUCGCCAUGGGGAUUGAGGAGCACUGCGCAGAGAUCCAGCGGCAGCGGGACGAUCUCAACGUCGAAUCGAUGCAGCAUCGCGCAAUCGACGAUCUCGAGUCGCUGUUCUACCUAUUUCUGCAUCACAGCGCACUGCGAGCCGGCAGGCAAGAGCUGUCGGAGAAGCUGAAGGAUCCGAAGUACAAGGAGACGCUUCUAGGCGAUGGCGCGCCGCGAAUGGGACUACGCACGGGAACUCUCAUCGCUCUCGAGGGCCCAUGGAAGGCCUUGUUCAGUGACGCGUCUCUUAGGCCCAUCUUUGGCAAAGACGUCGCGACGACGACGGCGUCCUCUCUUUCCCGCCCCCUUCCGCCCGUUGGUGGCAUCCUCUCAGCGCCCGAGUCGCAUGCAUACGAGAACUGGAUCAACGCGCUGGCUCAGGCUUCUGCCGACUGCACCGUGAUCGCUCGCGACCGGGCGGCACAAGACGAGGCUAGCAGCAGUCGCGGUGCGCCGCUCACCUCGCCGUUCUGCAAGUCCGAGGGCUCGCGGCCCACGCGCGGCGCAGGAACGAAGAGUAAGAGUGCUCCUGCCGUGCCUGCAAAGCGGAAGCGGGCAGACAAGGAGAACCCGACUGUCGCGCCUCGCGACGGCUCGCGCUCCGGCCUUCGCUCCAGCCCGCGUCUCGCUCUUCUCUCCAGCGCGCAUCGCCGCACACCCUCGAACGAGUCAUCCAGCUCCGAGCGGAGCGAGCCUGCCAGUCCGUCUCGCGCUCCGCGCAGGCGCAUUGAGUAGCUCAUAUACCCCAAUCGCGCCCCACACUAGCCGAGCCGAAUAGCACAUCAUAC